CGUAACAUAGUAGAUAGCGGGGAGGCAGCGUGGUACUUUUUUUUUUCCCGUACCCUUUCUUCCAAGAUCGCAAUACUGAUUCAUAUCCUUCCUGUGUGCUCGUUUGCGCUGUAGCAGUCAGAUGGACCCGUUAGCCCCCCAGCCAUUCUCUGUUCCGAAUAACAGCUCUGCGGCAGCUGCGCAGAUGCCAACAAUGGCGCCCCAAGUCCCGAAGCUGAAUUCUGCAGCGGAUGGUGAGCUGUACGAUCUCCUCUGCGUGGGAUUUGGCCCCGCGUCACUCUCGAUAGCCAUCGCUCUACACGAUGCCCUCGAUCCCAAAGCAGCCCAAUCGGCUUCCGGAUGGCAGCCCAAGGUGUGCUUCCUGGAGAAGCAGAGACAAUUCGCAUGGCAUCCGGGCAUGCUACUCCCCGGGUCGAGGAUGCAGAUUUCCUUCCUGAAAGACCUGGCGACUUUCCGCAACCCGCGAAGUCACUUUACCUUCCUGAAUUAUCUCCACCAAAAAGGACGCCUCGUCAGCUUUGCCAACCUGGGUACAUUCCUCCCUGCUAGACUGGAGUUUGAGGACUACAUGAAGUGGUGCGCAAGCCACUUCUCCGACCUGGUGGCAUACGGAGAGGAGGUCAUCGGCGUCGUUCCAGAGAAAGCUGAUCCCAGGAGCCCGGUCAUUGACAGCUUCGCGGUCUUUUCCAAGAACACGGCAACCGGGGUUGUGUCCGCACGGAGAGCGCGCAACGUUGUCAUUGCUGCUGGAGGGCGGCCAAAGAUCCCGGCGCCUUUCCCGCAAGACUACCGGGUGCUGCAUUCCUCUGCCUACUGCACAACGAUACCAAAGCUUUUGACGGAUCCCAGGGCGGCUUACAACGUUGCCGUGGUCGGAAGUGGUCAGAGUGCUGCUGAGAUAUUCCAUGAUCUGCAGGUUCGAUAUCCGAACUGCAGAACUACCUUGAUCAUGAGGGACACGGCUCUUCGGCCCAGUGACGACUCUCCAUUUGUCAACGAGAUCUUUGAUCCGGAGCGGGUCGAUACGUUCUACAGCCAGCCAGCCGAUGAGCGCAAGCGGGCGCUCGCGACCGACAAAGCAACCAACUACAGUGUGGUGCGGCUCGAGCUGAUUGAGCAAAUCUACCAUGACAUGUAUACGCAGAAAGUGCAAAAUCCGAACGAAAAGGAGUGGCAGCACCGCAUCCUGCCUUCGCGCCAGAUCACCAAGGUUGACAACGCCAACCCUCAGGGUCGAAUCCGAAUCCACGUCGAGUCUGCCAAGAAAAACGCUUCCCCCGAGGACACGGAGAUUCUCGAGGUCGAUGCGCUCAUGGUCGCCACGGGAUACUUGAGGAACGCCCAUGAAGGCCUCCUGGAGAAGGUCCAGCAGCUGAGACCGGCCGGACAAAACGAGUGGAAGGUCGGACGAAAUUACGGUGUGGAGCUGGAUCGAAGCAAAGUCAGCCGGCAGGCAGGCAUUUGGCUGCAGGGCUGCAACGAGAAUACCCACGGCCUGAGUGACAGCUUACUCUCGGUGCUAGCAAGCCGAGGUGGGGAGAUGGUCAGUUCCAUCUUCGGGGAUAAGCUUAGCUCGCGGUCGGUGUCGUCCACGGCGUACCGUGCCAUGCUGUAGAUGCCGUGGAUUAAGUUAUGAUUAUUAUUGUUGCUGCUGACCCCCGGCUCUAAUUCCUUAUUCUGGUGUUCUCCGGUCUUGGCUGAUCCGAGCGAGCUGUGUCCGACGACUGCUCCUAGGUUGAUGGCAUUUUCCUUUCUUUUUCUCUUCUGUUUGGUCUUCCAGCAUUUUUGGAUUCACUACUAGUUGGCAGCUUUCCUCUCAAAAGGGUAGACGGACCAUGUAAUUUAGAAAUACUCUCCGCAACACAACGAUAGGUCACCAUGUGCUUGUCUC